AACAUGUUUGAGACUGUGGGCUUUCCGCUCGCAGAUGACCAUCUCUUCUGCCAUUCCAUUUCUACGUUGACACAUUCAGAGCUAGCCGAGCUAGCUAGGCAGCAACAGUUCAACUAGGCAGAGGUAAAACAGGGUGUGUUUCCACAAAUGUCUCAACAUUUACAAUGAAGAAAAUUAAAUCGCUUAUAUCUUGACGACCCACUGCGUGCUCAAUGACGGUCUGCCGCGGUCUCAGCGAUUGACAUGGACUCUUGUGAUAAGGAUGUGAAACUGUCAGCUGAAGUGGAGCCGUUUAUCCCACAAAAGAAAGGUCUGGAAGGAGCGCUGGUCACCAUGAGCCUGUCUGGAGGAGGAGAAGGAGGAGGGGGGGUAGAGCCCACCCCUAUCCCCAACUACCUCAUCACCUGCUACCCUUUUGUCCAGGAGAACCAACCCAACAGACAACAGCACCACAUGUAUAGCGGAGGAGGGGACCUGCGCUGGCAGCAGCCCAACCCCAGCCCAGGUGGUCCGUACCUAGCUUACCCCAUCCUGUCCUCCCCYCAGCCUCCAGUCUCCAACGACUACACCUACUACCAGAUCAUGCCUGCCCCCUGCCCCCCCAUGAUGGGCUUUUACCAGCCCUUCCCAGGAACGUACGCCGGGCCCCUG